AAUGAAGUUUAAAUAACUUAAUGUAAAUGCCAUUUGAAGUCAACAUAAUACAAGAUGAAAACAUUUGAAGUCAACAUAAUACAAGAUGAAAAGAUCUACACUUAUAUCUUCAAUAGAAUAUUAUGUUUUUAUUAAAAGUUUAUAGCUUCAAUAUAUUGGGAUAUCUGAAAACAUAUUGCAAUAUAAUAUUGUAAGUUGCAUCCAAUGGGAUCCGCAGACUGGUUUAGUUGCCGCAAAAUAAUAUUCAGUCAUAAAACAAGCGUCUACGCGUGUUACCAAUCAUGUUAUGAAUUGUUUACAUUCCCAACACAAAUAAACCGGGAAAUUUCAAUAUAUUUCCAGAAAAUGAAGCUUACUACUCUUAUUUUUGGAACAGUUUUUCUAUGCAUAGCAGAAAGUAGUCUGGAUGAUAAAUUCCACAACUAUGAUAUUAUUAAAGAAGUAUCAGUGCAUACAUUAUCAAAGAGAGAUAUAACUGAUAGUCUUCACUCUAAACGUCUUACACUAACAGCUUUUGGACAGAAUUUCACAUUGGAACUUAAACCCAGCCUUGAUUUAUUUAGUCCAGACUUUUCUGUAACUAUAAUCCACAGUGACAACUCCAAGGAACAGUUGAAUGGUUUUGAUCAGAAAAACUUUUUAUCAGGGCAUGUUGUUGGGGAUGCUAGAUCACGGGCAGCUCUGCAUGUUGAUGAAAACAAUGUUGUUACAGGGGUUUUCACUUCAAAUGGAGAAGAGUUUACCCUUGAGGUAAGUGCACCACUUUGUGGAUCUGUGCAUCCAAAUGUAACAGACAUGGAGGAAAGUUUUGAUGAAGUUGUAUUCGAGCAGUAUGACAAAGAUACAUCACAUAGAGAGAAGAGGCAGACAACAGAAAAGAAGACUUGUAAGCUGAUGGUAGUUGCCGAUUAUAAAUUCUACAAUCAUAUGGGACGUGGAAGCAAAUAUUAUACUGCCAACUAUAUUUCAGAAAUCAUCAACAGAGUAAACCAAAUAUACCGGUCAACCAGCUUCUCUUUAGGUACUGGUUACGGAUUCGAACUCAAAGGCGCAUUUGGUGAAUCUACAGAGUACAGCAGCUUUUGUCUGGCACAUUUGUUUACAGCUCAACAGAUGUCUAGUAGUGUACUAGGUUUGGCAUACAUUGCUAGCUCAAAGACAGGAACUGCAGGAGGAAUCUGUUCUCCAACUCGAACAUACAAUGGUGUGCCGUCAAUUUUCAACAUAGGAUGGACUUCAUCUCGAAAUGGGGCAGGAUCUACUGUUAGUUUUACCCAGCAGUCUUUAGUUACUGCUCAUGGACAUAAUUGGGGAAGUGAGCACGAUCCGUCAGGCAGUUGUUCUCCAUCUAGUAUAUUUGAUGAUGGGAAAUAUCUGAUGUAUGCCUAUGCUGUUACUGGUGAGGACACCAACAAUGACGAGUUUUCCAGUUGCAGUCGUAACUCUAUGAGUGCUGUAUUGAGAAAUAAAGCUAGCGGCUGUUUUGAAGCUGCAUCUGAGGUUACUUUAUGUGGUAACAGUCGUAUAGAUCCAGGAGAAGAAUGUGAUGAAGGGUUGAUAGGGAAACUUGGGGGCGGAGACUGUUGUACAGAUGCCUGUCAGUUUAUACCUGGUGCUCAAUGCAGCCCAGCAAAUUCAGCAUGUUGUGAGCAGUGUCAACUAGCAUCAUCUACUUUUGUUUGUCAGAGUGAUAUUGAUGGACUAUGUCAGGGGGCAUCUACAUGCAAUGGUAUCAGUUUUGAUUGUCCAACACCACCAAACAAGCCAGAUGGUACAGAGUGUAUAGAGGGAGGUUUUUGUCAGACUGGAGUAUGUAUACCAUUCUGUGAAUAUAUGCUGAGUACAAACUCUUGUGUUUGUGAUACAGUUGAGACAUCAUGUAAGAGAUGCUGUAUAAUAAAUGGACAAUGUCAGGUUGAAGGAUCCUAUCUGUUACCGGAUGGAAGGUCAUGUGUCCAAGGUUACUGUGAAUCUGGUGUGUGUAACAAAGUGACAACUGAUCUUGUUGGAAGGUUAUGGGAUCUAAUAGAUGAAAUUUCCAUUGAUUUGAUAGUGGAAGCCUUCAAGACAAAUAUGGUGGCAUGUGUAACAGGAUUUUCCCUGGUUUUGUAUAUACCACUGUGUAUCAUAGUCUGGUGUAUAGAUAAGAAAAGGAAAAAGGACUGGAAGAAAGAAAAUUCUGUACACAUUAGAACAGAUCGUGGCCUGGCUCACGAUGAGGAUAAACGUCCUAUCCUAGCGAAAACAAGUAAUGGGAACAAACCAUCAACACUGGACGCUAGCCAUCUGAUGGAACAUGACUCAUUCCGUAGACCUAACAGCAGAGGGAACCAGAUACAACCAUUAGGCAGGAAACCAGCCAGCAGCUUAGCAUAGAAUCGACCAUACAUAAAUUGUUUGGGAAUCAGAAUCAUUAAUUAAUUGUUUAGGAACCAGAAUUAUUAACUAAUUGUUUGGGAAAAAUCAUCAAUCAAUUGUGCGGAAACCAGAGUUUAGGAACCAGAAUCAACAAUCAAUUGUGCAGGAACUAGAAUCAUCAAUUAAUUGUUUGGGAACCAGAAUCAUUAAUUAAUUGUUUGGGAACCCAAAUCAUGAAUUAAUUGUUUGGGAACCAGAAUCAUUAAUUAAUUGUUUAGGAACCAGAAUCAUGAAUUAAUUGUUUGGGAACCAGAAUCAUGAAUUAAUUGUUUAGGAACCAGAAUUAUUAAUUGUUUGGGAACCAAAAUCA